CCGCACCGCGCACCCCGGACCGGGCACCGCACCGCGACAUGGCUUCUUCACACUGCACCAGCGACUCCGGACUGGAGAUCAAAACCAGAUCAGUGGAGCAGACCCUCAUCCCUCUGGUCACCCAGAUCACGACUCUGAUCAACCAUAAAGAGAAACCAAAGAAGUCUCAGAAGACGUUGCGGGCAAUCCAGCGGGUAGGACAAGCAGUGAGCCUGGCUGUCGGAAGGUUUGUCACAGUUGGUGAAGCCAUAGCCAGCGAGAACGAAGAGUUAAAGGAGGAAAUGUACUACGCAUGCCAGGAGGCCAGGCGAGCAGGAGAGAGUAUUGCACAACUAACGGAUGUGGGCUCCUUCGACCAGCCCGAGUCAGACACAAGAGCAACGGUUUAUACAGACAAAACUGGAAUGAUAAAAGCUGCACGGCUGCUGCUAUCCUCUGUUACGAAAGUGCUGGUGUUGGCAGACAGAGUUGUUGUAAAGCAGAUCAUAAGCUCGAGAAGCAAGGUUCUUACAACAUUGGAGCAGUUAGAAAAAGUCAGCAGUUUUCAGGAGUUCGUACAGAUCUUCAGUCAGUUUGGAAAUGAGAUGGUAGAAUUUGCCCAUUUGACAGGAGACCGACAAAACGAUCUGAAAGAUGAAAAGAAAAAGGCAAGAAUGGCAGCUGCCAGGGCAGUCCUCGAGAAGUGCACCAUGAUGCUGCUAACUGCAUCAAAGACUUGUCUUCGACAUCCAGACUGUGAAUCAGCUAGAAUAAAUAAAGGUGGAGUUUUUCACCGCAUGAGGUUGGCAUUGGAUCAGGUGAUUGAGAUUGUCACAGACUCAAGACAGAAUGGAGAAAAUGAAAUUCAUCCUUCGAGUAUCUAUGCUGACAUCAACGAAUUUAAGAUGAAGAUUGAAAGCGUCCGAGACAACUUGCAGGGGAUUUCUAAGGAGAGCCUGGCUGCAAUGCUGGAGUUGAUCCUGGAGCACACAGAGGACUUCACCGAUUCUGCAUAUACCAGUCAUGAAAACCGAGAGCGCAUUGUGGAGCUAUCCAGGCAGGCCAGAUUAGAGCUGGAACAGCUGGUUAUGGUGUGGACACAAGCACAAUGCCUAAAAGCCAAAGAAGCUACGGAAGAUACAGAGCUGGCCAUAAUUAAGACCCGACAGUGUAUGAGCGAAUUGAGGAGAGAACUUCAAAACGCAGCAGUGCAGUUAGCAGCAGAUCUUCUGAAGUGCUACACAGAACAUGUAGUCCUUAAAGCGCUGAAAGUUUCUGGAUCUGAAGGAAACUUAGAGGUAGUGGCUGAAUAUACGGGCAAACUAUCGGAACAGAAGGAACAGCUGAUUGAGACAUGUCGAUUACUGAGGCAUAUUUCAGGAACUGAACCUCUGGAGAUCACUUGCAUACAUGCAGAAGAAACCUUUCAAGUUAUUGGCCCACAAAUCAUUUCUGCUGCCCAGACCUUGGCUCUGCACCCUUCCAGUAAGAUUGCUAAAGAAAACCUUGACGUCUUUUGUGAGGCUUGGGAGUCGCAGCUGAAUGACAUGUCCAUCCUGCUGAAAGAGAUCAAUGACGUGUUUGAAGGGAGAAGAGGAGAGAAGCGUGUGUACCUUUCGCUACCUAGACCAGGGAAACACAAUUCAAAUCUGAAGAUGGUUAAAGCAGUCAAACUAGAUGCCGAGGAACAGGCCAAAAUGGCAAAGUUAGGGCUGGAGCUGCGUCUGCACACGUCAGAUGUAGAUGCAGAAACGGAGAGAUGGGAGGACCAGGACAGCGAGAUUCUUCGGCAAGCCCAGAGCAUGUCGAGCAUGGCCUACUCCAUGUACCUAUUCACCAGAGGAGAAGGCCUUUUGAAAACAACACAAGAUUUAUUUCACCAAGCAGAAAUCUUUGCUGAAGAAGGUCUUAGGUUCUUUUCAACUGUGCAUGCGUUUUCAAAUCAGCUGCAGGAGGAAGAGAAGACAAAUCUCCUGCUGGAGGCUGAUAAACUCCCUGCCUUAUGUCACCAGCAGCAGAUGACCAGUAGGACUCCUGUGCAUGGCAAAGCUGCUAUCUUUACCAAGGUCGACACUUCCAUUCAGGAAACUAAGAAUGUAAUGACUGUAUUAAUGAAGAUGCUUUCUCUAUGUUACAAUCUGUUAAAAAAGUAUAAAAUGGACAGAACUUUCAUGAGUUCUCCCCACGGCUGGAGAAGAAACCAGUUGCAGACAGUUACCAAUGGCGAGAGCUCGGAGGGAAAGAACGGGGAUACAUUUGGAGUGAAAUCUCUGGAAAGGCACAUGGCAAACUUAACGUUUUUGGAGAGUAAAUGAUGGGCAGCUCUGGAGUGUAGUCAUAACUUUAAAAUAGCUUUGUCACAUGUCCUGUAAAUGCUGUGCAGCUCCAUCUGCAGUUUGUCAGUUCCCAGUAACCAACAUCCAUUUACAUUUGUACUUCCCAGUAUGAAAGGAACACCAGCGUUACUCUUCUCCAACAGACUCUCUGCUUGGACACCUGGCUCCUUCAGAGCUUCUACUUUUAAACAGUAUUUUUCUAGCUCUGUAGUAUUUAAAAUAAUAUGAGCAGAACUGUUCCUUUGGUUAGUUAUCUCCCUGCAGUGUAUUGACGCUGGAUUCCCCCGAUUAGCUGCUUGUGGUUUGUCUGGACCUUUGCAAAAGAUUUGCUUAUGCGAUUAGUCCUCUGAUGCUGCUAUGUCAUAAUUUUUUUAAGAACAAACUGGAUAUUACAGGAUAAGGAGGUGAACUACUGCUGUUUUAAGUUAAUUGAACCAAUGAUUUUCUCUGCAGGUUCUUUGCUGACUCGGGUGCAUCCAAAUCAAGCAUACGCUUGGCCUUAUCUCCCCUGUAUCUAUUUCUCCUCCUCCCAUUAUUGUGUAUACAUUUCUCACAGUAAAUCUUCUGCAGAUCAAAAAUUAUACCAAUGUAUCGGAUAUUAUGACAUUGCACUUGUAUCUCCUCAGAGUUUUCAGAAUCUUGGAUGGUUUGGGCUUUCAUCCUGAAAGUCUAAAUUGGCAUCAGAACACACGCAAUUUAAUUUGAAACCGCUUUUGUUUCUGUAAGAUGUAGGUCACAGGAGAUUUAUAGCAAGGAGAGUUUCCCUUCCACACCCUUCUUUUUUCCCCCCAUAAACACUUUAUGUAACAUCACCAUGUUCAGGUAACUUGAUUCUGUCGUGAAGUGGGGUUGGAAUGUUGAUGCAUGAACGAACUACUGGAAAUUUAGUAUAGAAAACUUCUACUGUAUUUGUAUUACCUGUAAAAGCAGUGUUUUUUAUAUUUCUCUGAUAAUUAACUUGUAAAGUUAUAUUUUUUAAAAUAAAAUUCUAAUUCAUUAAUCUUU